CGGGAGCCCCUCCUACCCCACUGGGCUCUAUAUAAUGGGCAGCUAUGUGGGGACAGCGUCAGUGAUGCUCUGCAGACAGCUCGUCUAUUCCCCAAAAGGACAGGAGCUGAGGAACCAGAGAUUUGGCCAGGAGGAGACUACGCCAUGGUUGAUCCAGUGACAGAUGCAGCCAUGGUCCCCAGGGGACCCCCCCUCAUGUUCCUGCUGCCCCUUAUCCUGCUGGCCGUCGGCCCGGCCCAGCUCAGCGAAGGAGCCAGCUACCAGCAGUUUGCGAGACAACACGUCGACAACCCCAAGACCAGCGCCCGCAAUGACCGGAUCUACUGUGAUCUCAUGAUGCAGCGCCGGGGCCUGACCCGCUCUGCCUGCAAACCCACCAACACCUUCAUUGAUGCCCCCAUAAACCAGCUCCAAGACAUCUGUAAAUAUGCAGGGACACCCAUUGGUGGUAAUCUCUACGACAGCCACAGAUCUUUCGACGUCACCGUGUGCCGGGUUUUGCCCGGCUCCUACCCAGGGAACUGUAAAUACAGGGCUGCAAUUGGCAACACAAGGAUCCGCGUGGGCUGUGAAGAUCGGCUGCCCGUGCACUUAGAGCCAAAGUACCUGCCCUAACCUGGGAGCAUAGGACCCCCCUGUUCCCCACCCCACUUUGCUCAUGGGCAGUCCUCUGUCACUGGGGGCUAUCCUGCCCUGUCCCUUCCCCCCCCCCCACAUGGAAAACGCCCGCCAUGAAUCCCCACAGGGAUAUUCAGCAUCUCCUUAUCCCACAGGCCGGCAGCUUGGGGCCUGCAGGGGGAUUUCCCAUGCUGGGGGCCAGUUCCCAUCCAGACGAGUGAAAAACUGGGCCCCCAGCCGCCCCCAGCUGGCACUGAGACCCUGAGCCUGGGCCAGCAGGAUACAAACACUAAUGGCUACCCCUAGUACUCAUUAUACAGAAUAGCCGCCCCUUCCCCAUCCCUACCCUCUGCUGCCCCUAGUGCCCAUUAUACAGUAUAGCCGCCCCUUCCCCGCCCCCACCCUCUGCUGCCCCUAGUGCCCAUUAUACAGUAUAGCUGCCCCUUCCCCACCCCUCACUUUCUGCUGCCCCUUGUUUUCAUUAUACAGUAUAGCCGCCCCUUCCCCAACCCCACCCUCUGCUGCCCCUAGUGCCCACUAUACAAUAUAGUGAAAUCUUCCUCUAUUGCUUUGGGUGAUGUAGGGAAAUGGUACUGUGGUAACUGUUGCUGUGGUAACUGUUGAUGAGUUGGAUUCUCUUCCUAUUUCAUGCAAUAAAAUGUUACUGCAAAUGCA